CUCAUACUGUAAGAUGCCUUUGGAAAAUUACUGAAUUCUCUAAGAUGAAUCUUUAGAACAUGGUCCAGAAGAUCCGCUGCUUUUAAAGUUUCAUGUGAUUACCGUUUGGCCCACCCAGGAGAAGUACAAAUGUCUACCACAAGACGAAAACGUAAUAUGUUAUGUUGUUUACCGUAAGCUGUAGUAAAAUGAGCUCAAUUGUUGACAGAGAUGAUAGUAUUUUUGAUGGAUUGGUGGAAGAAGAUGACAAGGACAAGGCAAAAAGAGUGUCUAGAAACAAGUCUGAAAAGAAGCGUAGAGAUCAAUUUAAUGUUCUCAUUAAAGAACUGGGAUCCAUGCUUCCUGGUAACGCUAGAAAGAUGGACAAAUCUACUGUUUUGCAGAAGAGCAUUGAUUUUUUACGAAAACAUAAAGAAAUCACGGCACAGUCAGAUGCUAGUGAAAUUCGACAGGACUGGAAACCUACAUUCCUUAGUAAUGAAGAGUUUACACAAUUAAUGCUAGAGGCUCUUGAUGGUUUUUUUUUAGCAAUCAUGACAGAUGGAAGCAUAAUCUAUGUGUCUGAGAGUGUAACUUCAUUACUUGAACAUUUACCAUCUGAUCUUGUGGAUCAAAGUAUAUUUAAUUUUAUCCCAGAGGGGGAACAUUCAGAGGUUUAUAAAAUACUGUCUACCCAUCUGCUGGAAAGUGAUUCAUUAACUCCCGAAUAUUUAAAAUCAAAAAAUCAGUUAGAAUUCUGUUGUCAUAUGCUUCGGGGAACAAUAGACCCAAAGGAACCAUCAACUUAUGAAUAUGUGAAAUUUAUAGGAAAUUUUAAAUCUUUAAACAGUGUCUCUACUCCGGCUCACAAUGGUUUUGAAGGAACUAUACAACGUACACAUAGGCCUUCAUAUGAAGACAGAGUGUGUUUUGUAGCUACUGUCAGGUUAGCUACCCCUCAGUUCAUCAAGGAAAUGUGUACCGUUGAAGAGCUCAAUGAAGAGUUUACUUCUAGACAUAGUUUAGAAUGGAAAUUUCUUUUUCUAGAUCACAGGGCACCACCCAUAAUAGGAUAUUUGCCAUUUGAAGUUCUGGGAACAUCAGGUUAUGAUUACUAUCAUGUGGAUGACCUAGAAAAUUUGGCAAAAUGUCAUGAGCACUUAAUGCAAUAUGGGAAAGGUAAAUCCUGUUAUUAUAGGUUCCUGACCAAAGGGCAACAGUGGAUUUGGCUUCAAACUCAUUAUUAUAUCACCUAUCAUCAGUGGAAUUCAAGGCCAGAAUUUAUUGUUUGUACUCACACUGUAGUAAGUUAUGCAGAAGUUAGGGCUGAAAGACGACGAGAACUUGGCAUUGAAGAGUCUCUUCCUGAGACAGCUGCUGACAAAAGUCAAGAUUCUGGGUCUGAGAAUCGUAUAAACACAGUCAGUCUCAAGGAAGCUUUGGAAAGGUUUGAUCACAGCCCAACCCCAUCAGUGUCCUCUAGGAGUUCAAGAAAAUCAUCUCAUACAGCAGUCUCAGACCCUUCCUCAACCCCCACGAAGAUCCAGACUGAUAGGAGCACUCCUCCCAGGCAGCAUUUAUCGGCUCACGACAAGCUGGCACAGAGGAGGUCAUCGUUCAGCAGUCACUCCAUAAAUUCCCAGUCUGUUGGUCAGUCAUUAACACAGCCAGUGAUGUCUCAAGCUGCAAAUGUACCAGUUCCACAAGGCAUGUCCCAGUUUCAGUUUUCAGCUCAAUUAGGAGCCAUGCAGCAUCUGAAAGACCAAUUGGAGCAGCGAACCCGGAUGAUAGAGGCAAACAUUCACCGACAACAGGAAGAACUAAGGAAAAUUCAAGAACAACUUCAGAUGGUUCAUGGUCAAGGGCUGCAGAUGUUUUUGCAACAGUCCACCCCUGGAUUGAAUUUUGGUUCUGUUCAACUUUCCUCCGGAAACUCAUCUAACAUCCAGCAACUCGCACCAAUAAAUAUGCAAGGCCAGGUUGUUCCUCCCAGCCAGGUUCCAAGUGGGAUGAACACUGGACAUAUUGGGACAGCCCCUCACAUGAUACAGCAGCAGACUUUACAAAGUGCAUCCACUCAGAGUCCACAGAACGUGCUGAGUGGGCACAGCCAGCAGACCUCUCUCCCAAGCCAGACACCGGGCACCCUGACCGCCCCGCUGUACAACACUAUGGUGAUUUCCCAGGCGGCAGCAGGAAGCAUGGUCCAGAUCCCGUCCAGUGUGCCACAGAACAGUGCUCAGAGUGCUGCGAUGACCACAUUCACUCAGGACCGGCAUAUACGAUUUUCUCAAGGUCAGCAACUUGUGACCAAAUUAGUGACUGCCCCUGUAGCUUGUGGGGCAGUCAUGGUGCCCAGCACUAUGCUCAUGGGUCAGGUGGUGACUGCCUACCCCACCUUUGCCACGCAGCAGCAGCAGCAGCAGGCACAGACAGUGGCCAUAGCGCAGCAGCAGCAGCAGCAGGGCUCCCAGGAACAGCCGCUCACUGCGGUUCAGCAACCAUCUCAGGCUCAGCUGACCCAACCGCCACAGCAGUUUUUACAGACUUCUAGGUUGCUCCACGGAAAUCCUUCCGCUCAGCUCAUCCUCUCGGCGGCAUUUCCACUGCAGCAGAGCGCUUUCCCUCCGGCACAUCACCAGCAACACCAGUCACAGCAGCAGCAGCAGCUUGGUCGGCACAGGACUGACAGCUUGACUGACCCUUCCAAGGUUCAACCACAGUAGCACCAAGCCUGCCUCCUCUCUGACAUCAAGGGAGGAAAAGGUUGGCCCAUAAAGAGUUGCUCAGAUGAUCUGAGGACAGGAGGGACUUGCCAGCAGCAUCCGGAGACGCAGUGUUCAGUGUUGUAGUUCCCAGGAUUAGUGGGCAGGGAAAGGCUGCCUAGUGCUGCAGGUGGAUAUGAAAUACCAGCCAGCAGGCAACCACAGGGACAUAGCCAAUCCUGACAGUGUUGUCGUUGCCCAGAUAAUUUUUGAUGGAAAAGAGUCUAUUGCCAAAUGUUAAGAUGCUCAGUUAUGAAGCCUGACCUCCAGUGGAUCAGAAAGGCACUGACGAUGUUAGUAACUUUCAGUGGUCCUGUGCCUGUUAUCAAGUGUUACAGAGGACACACCACCAUGGCCAUGCCAGGGGUUUGCUUACAACGAUGCCAUGAAGACAGUCAGUCCAAUAGACUCCGUAGACGCCCCUCCUAAGCUCCGCUCCCUGUCCUGGUCGUGAUAGAACAGUGAUUACUCUCAGAAAGUCGUGUGGGUUCAGAUUCUCUGUUGUACAGAUGCUGUAAAAAUAUUAUGUAUAUGUCUGGAUAAAAGGAGAAAGCAAAAAAGUUUGUAUGCUGCAUGAAAGCAUUCUCUCUUAUAGAUAUGAGUACAUCUCGUUAGAUUUUGACACCGUUGAAAACUAACACAACCCGUUUUCCCUUUUGUUUACAACACAGUAGUGUUCUAUUCCGUUUUCUGGGGCACAAUCUCUUGCUCAUAGUUUAGCUGUGAUGUCACAGUUUGUUCAGUGAGGCAUGAUGUGCUGCUGGAAAUGGAUUUUUUUUCAGGUUAAAUUAUUGAUACAGCAGGAUUUUAAAGUUAUUCAGAAAUACCAUCAUUUCAUUAGUUUUCAGUUACCUUUGUUUGAAAAUAGGAUUGCACUGCUUUAUUUUAGGUGGUUGGGAAUUUUGAUCUCAUAGUUUAAUGUUGUUGGAAAUAUUUGUAUAAGUGGUUUUCAGCAAGCCUGACAGUAAUUUCAAGAAUGUAUCAGUUAUAGGAGUGAAAUUUGCACAGAAAACACGUUUUAGGCACUUUUUAACAUUCUCAAUGGUGGGAAUUUUAACUUUUAAGAUAUGUUGGAAUCUUUUUUAUUAUCUUUCACAAUUUCAAUGCUUCUUUUAGUCAGAAAUGAUUCAGGGUUAUUUGAGGGGGGAUAAAAAAAGCCCAUAGUGCCUUGAUUUUAAUUCAGGUGAUAGUUCACCAUCUUGAGCUCAUUUUCUGGUUUCGGUAGCAGUUUUGAAACCUGCUAGGACACUGAACAGCGUGUGGGUGUCGGUGGUCACCCUAUGUUCCUGUGCAGACUGCUCAGAAUCUCUUGGACUGGAGGUACGAAUAAUUUAAAAUUUAAAAAAUGACAUCCUACUACCAAAGUCAGGAAUGUGAUCCCAAAUUUAUCUCCCUAAAUUAGUGGGUUAAUUUCCUUUAAAGAUAAUGAAUCAAUUAAGAAUUGCCAGUAAAUAUUUGCUCCACAUGAAAUUGAUUUUCCUUCAGUGAGAAAAGAAGUUUUAGAAAUUGGCUGUGCCUUCUCUACAACAUUAGGAUGUUGUAACUUGUAUGCUUUCUGAGCAUUAACUAAGAUUUCCUGUGGCAACAUAUUGUAAAGGUAAUAAAUUCCAACAGAAGUUAGAUACUUAAAAAAAAAAAAGCGUUUUAUACGUGUUAUGGUAUUGGUAACAGCUACCGAACAAAGGAAAAUGCCAGAUUUGCAUGUUAAAAUGUUGCUGAGAGAAAGGAAGGCAACAACCUAAGUCAAAAUGGACCCUAAAGGAAAAUGUUAACUAUGACAGAGUUGAAGUGGUUAAGACACAAGCUUUGAAGAGUGAAAAGAACAACGCAGACUUGCUCAAUAAAGGGGUCAGAGAAAAGCCAGGUCAUUCCUUCGGCCUCUUCUGUUCUCCGCCAUCACCCUUGAGGUGGACGCUUCAUUCAUCUUUCUGUGGAGAACUGGACCCGCCACACACUGGAGUCCGAAAAUGAAUGUUGAAACAGAAGCGAAACCACCAAAGACAGCCGAUGCACGCCCCUUCUGUGAGCAGCGGCCGAGACCAUCCGUAGCUCUCCCUGAAGGAGUCCUAGCUGCGUGAUCACGCCCAUGUAUGUCAAGAAAAGUUGUCAGCAUGUGUGUGCAGACACAUACAUGUAUGCAGGCACAACUGAUGUUGUAGAAGAUGGUACCAAAACGGUUGUCUCCCCGCUUCACGUUGCCUUUCUUGACCGUAUCAUGCCAUUCCACUUAGCGCUUAGAGUCGUGCCUCCUUGAUUUAUUGGUAAGAGUUAGGAAUAGGAGUUAGCCAACAAACAAAUAUGAAGAACUGUAAGGCUUCCUAUCACAGUACCAUAUUUCUUUAAAAGAUGGUGAACAGUGAGUACUAUGUACUUAGGUUAACAGACAAGACAAAUCUGUCGACUGUUUAUUUACUCACAUUCUUCUCCCCCAGUCUGAGGAUUUCCUAUCCCUCAAAUACUAUGGAAAGAAAACAUGACAGGUUUCCUUCGUGAUUCAGGUUUUUCCUGUUUAAGCAAUGGCCAAGUUUAAAAGAACCACUCACACCUUUUCCUGCCGCCGUCUGAAGCGUUGAAAAAAAGAGCAGAAAAGCAGUUGCUUCUUCAGAGCUUCUGUCACCAAAGUCGUCAAAACCCCACAUCCACAGCAUGAAGAUACCCAACGAAAACCCCUCUCAGCUCCUUAAAGAUUGUACUUGACCCUCUGCUUUACUCGACACAUAGUCAGUUUUCUUAAAGCAUUUUUUCUGAGCGGCACUUUUUAGGAAGGCAGGAAACUGUUGAAGUAAGGGAAAAUGGUAGCUGCUAUGGAGUUACUCUGCUGCAAUACGGCAUGGCACGGCCUUGUUCGGCAACUAGGAGACCUACCUAUGAGAAGUAACAGAAUUGCUGCUGCGGGUGGUAGCAAGCCAGCACCUAGACACUUAGUACUCCAGUUUUAGAGUGGAAAAUGUUGGAGGAAAAGUGAAUGUAUGUGUGUGUGUUUGUUUGUUUGUUUCAGGGGGAGGGGUCUUGGGGUGAGCAUGUAAAUAGGUACUACAAUUCAAUCUCUGAACUCCAUCCUAACUGAUGGGGGUCAUUUGAGGAGUCCUCUGCUUUGUCACUUAAAUCUGGUUCAGGAAUGUUCUAGAGUUGAAAGGACGCCGGUGACCUUGAGUAGUUUGUCAAGCUCAGUGCAGAAUAGUGAAAAGUCAGCUGGAUUCUGCAGAAGUGAUGAUGGUCAUUGCCUUAAAGUUCUGAGCUCUAAAGCAGUUCAGCUCUGUUGAGGGGCGCUUAGAUAGAACUCGGCUUGGCCUGUUCUACUCUACGCAGACAGGUAGAGAUCCUGAGUGCCCCUCAGCGUGCUUCAUGGUGCAAACUUCUUAAAGUGGAUCACAAAGGCAUUUUACUCUAGUGUUGCUUGCCUCCGCUUUUCCCUUUCUCGACAUUUCCUUAGUAACUAAGUUUGUUGAUAAGUAUUUGUGUAAAACUCAUUCAAGCCUACAACCUUUCCAAUGCCUACAACCCUGUUCUUUGUCCCACGGGAGUCAAUGUUGGAAGGUAUAAACACUGGAUAUUAAUAUUGUUGAGUGAGUCUAGUCAGGAGCAGGUUGAUGGGAAUUCUUAGUUGAGGGGAGAAGAAACAGCACAAGGGCACUUGCCAUUUUCAUAGAGAAUAGAGAGCGCAAACCUUUCAACUUUGGGUUGGGUGAGCAUUCUUCUAAAGGGAGCUUCUGAAGUAACUGCAAAGGAAAAGAGUCUACUAUUUUUAUAGCAUAUUUAAUAUAUUUGUAUAUAACUACAAGGAUACUAGGAACCUUCCACUUGACCCACUUUUCUAAUUUACACCCUCGCCCCUUAUUUUUUUUUUUGGCCAUAGCACUAGUAUAGCCUCAUGCACAUGGGUUAACGUGCCUACCGUCAGCCUACCAAAAGAUAGUGCUGCUGCUCUGAGACAGGUGAGAAGUCGCAACUCUCAUGCCCGGGGAUCCUCCCUAUGAGGAAUAGCACACACUUUUCAAACAACCUACCACAGUUGAAAAGCAUCAUUUUGAAAUGUAACAAGCACUUUAUUGCAAUUACUCAUUUUGAUAACGUUUAUUAUCUUAGGCAUUUACUAUUUCUAGAGGAUCCCCAAAUCAUCACUUAGGUGAAAUUAUAAAAUGACACAUUUCUGAGAAAUGUUUAGAUCCAGUGAACCAUAGUAGGUUUAUGGGAGUGAUUUCAAGGUAGCCAAAUGAACUUUUGACUUUUGAUUUGAACGUGGUGGCGUCGAGAUUGUAGAUUCCUCCGUGUUGCAUGUGGACCUUACUGAAGACCUAUCUUGCCUAUUACGUGGACACCCAGAGACCAAGGAGCCUGUUUCCGUUCAGAAGUCUAGGAACAUCGCAUCAAGGCACGUAGACGUACAGAACGACUGAGGAGACUGGUGGUGAGAAUCCAGAAUACACCACCACAUCAUGAAUUUCUCUUGAGUGUUUUGAAUGUGCCCCAAAAUAUCGACGUAUUAUUUCAGUGUUUCCAUUUGAAUGGCUCUUGUAAUAAUUUUUUCACAGAAAGGACUGAGAAAACUACUACUCUGGAAAGAAAAAAGCAUGCUUAAUUUGGUCUUACUUGAAUGUCUCGUAUGGAAAUAUUGGGAGUGGAUUUUGCUGGCAGAAUUUUAAUUCGGGGUGUUUUGACAGCUUUGAAGGCGCAAGAAAAUAAGCUAAGCAGACCUAGGAGAUAUUGAUGCUGUUUUUCAUAUCCCCUCCCCCAUAUCAUCAUUUUUAACACUACAUUCCUUACCUAUUUUUCUUAAAUAAACAAGUACUUCACAGGUUGUUUUGAGUUUUGAACAGUGUUGUUAAGCUGGCUGGGUUUCCCCAAGGAAGUGCUCCGUAGUGAACCAGGGUCUUGUGUUUGAACAGACGGUUCAGUGACCACACCAGCAAACACUGAGGUGCUGCGCCAAGUGACAAUCACAAUAGUAUUUAUGGAAGGCUUUGGAGUGGUAUAAGGAAACAAUUGCUUUGAAAGCAGUUCUCUGGGUUUCUCAAAUAAAAAUGGCUAAAUGUACUUGUGUUUUUAUAAAUAUCUUUGUGUUGUCAUCCCGUCAAAGGUGAUGCCAGUGUCAUAUUUAAUUUGUGGGGUUUUGUUCGGUAAUCCUUUAGAGACACGGGUGCCAAUUGCAGGGCGCCGUCCCUCCACAUCUCAAACUCGGGUCAGAAAAGCAGGCAAUUCCUUUCAAGUCUGCUUCAUAAAGCUCCAGCUGGUCUCUAUGUUCACUUGCUGCCUUUGAUUCUGUAUGGGCACAUUUUGUAGUGCAACUUCCCAAACACAGCCAAAGGCCAGGAUGGCGGCCACCUGCUUCGCCUAUUUCUGGGAAAAGUUAAGGAUUUAGAAAACAUCAGGGGAGUGAUGGGCAGCUUCUGAUGGCCCUCAUUAUCACAUCCACAUCAGAGUUGGCAAAUGUAGAAAGAAAAAGCAAAUGCUUUUGUCAAUUUGUUGUCUUUACAUAGUGUGUUACUUGACCCUGUAAGAUGAUAUAAAACCAACCCUCCACCCCAGCCCCAGCAAAGUUGUGUUUGAACAUUGAAAGCCUAGGACUGGCGAGGCUCCGCCUUGCAUCAGUAUCUAGUGACACUGCAGGGUUCCUGGGGCAACUCCAGAGCAGCACAGACCAAGUACUGGGCACGGCGACAUCAUGGAUCAGAACUCUCCUCUGUGGGGUUUUACCUGGCUGGGAUUUUUUUUUUUUUUUUUUUUUGAAGGAGAUCACCAGGCCUCUCUUCCGGGGUGUCUGUGUUGACUUAAACCUCCCAACUUUUCUCUUUAGCAGCUAAGCGGUAUCUCUUUGCACCACCUAGCACCUCCUUAGGGAGUGGCAAUUAAACCACAUCAUUUACAAGUUAAACUUAAUGAUGAAAAACAUGUUGCUCAACCUGAGGGUUAAAUUGAAGGUGAUGUUUUCAAAUGUAUGCUUUUUAAAUUUAUGAAGAAACAAACUGUGGCAUCACUUAAUAAAACAACCUUCAAAUGGUC